AUGUCUCUGGCAGAAGAGUUACUUGCUGAUUUGGAAGAAGAUGGCUACGAUGAUAGUGAGCCAAUGGUGGUCGUACAAGAGGAGACUCCUCAUAAACUUCCAGAUAACGCUUUGAUUCCAAAACAAACUGAUUUUAAAAAUGCCAAAAUCCGUGAUCUUGCAAAGUUACGGGAUUCAGCGCGUUUAGUGAAUAUAAUGCAGCAGAUUGAUGUAUUUCAGAGCAGACAAAGGGGAACUGAAGAUGAAUUAGGACCUGUUGAGUCUAAUCCCGAAUACAUCUUAAUUGUGGAUGCAAACAAUUUGAUAGUAGAGAUUGAUGAUGAAAUUCUCAUCAUACAUAAAUUUGUUCGAGAUAAAUAUUCAAAACGAUUUCCAGAGUUAGAGUCUUUAGUUGUCGGCCCAUUAGAAUAUGUACAGACAGUUAAAGAACUAGGUAAUACUCUUGAACAAUCUAAAAACAAUGAAGUACUUCCAACGUUUCUUACUCAAGCUACUAUUAUGGUUGUUUCUGUUACUGCAUCAACUACACAAGGACAAUUUUUAAAUGAAAAUGAACUAUUUGAAGUCCGCGAAGCUUGUGAUAUGGCUAUUGAUCUUAAUAAAUUAAAAUUGAAAGUUUAUGAAUACGUAGAGAGUAGAAUGACAUAUAUAGCACCUAAUCUUUCUGUUAUUGUUGGUGCAUCAACAGCUGCAAAAAUUAUGGGUGUAGCUGGAGGUUUGACAAAUUUAUCGAAAAUGCCAGCAUGUAAUGUUUUAUUAUUAGGUUCUCAAAAAAGACUUUUAUCUGGUUUUUCACAAGUCAACGCAAUGCCACAUACAGGUUUUAUUUUUCAUUGCACUUUAGUACAAAAUAAUCCACCAGAUUUACGAAGGAAAGCAGCUAGGCUUGUUGCGACUAAAAGUACAUUAGCUGCAAGAGUUGAUGCUGCACAUGAGAGUCUUGAUGGACAUAUAGGAAUGACAUUAAAAGAAGAUAUAGAAAAAAAAUUGGACAAAUUAACGGAACCACCUCCAGUUAAAUUUAUCAAGCCUCUACCCAAGCCUAUAGACCCGGGUCGAAAGAAGCGAGGCGGAAAAAGAGUACGCAAAAUGAAGGAACGUUAUGCUGUUACAGAGCUACGUAAACAAGCAAAUAGAAUGAAUUUUGCAGAUAUUGAAGAUGAUGCAUAUCAAGAAGACUUAGGUUAUACUCGAGGAACCAUUGGAAAGUCUGGAACUGGUAGAAUUCGUCAUGCACAAGUUGAUGAAAAAACAAAAGUGCGAAUUUCAAAGACACUUCAAAAAAAUUUACAAAAACAGCAAGCAUGGGGUGGUGCUACUUCAGUUAAAAAACAAGUAUCUGGUACUGCAUCUAGUGUGGCCUUUACUCCCCUCCAAGGAUUAGAAAUAGUGAAUCCACAAGCAGCUGAAACAAAAAAUUCUGGAAUAAAUUCAGCUAGAUAUUUUUCCAAUACUGCAAGUUUUGUGAACGUACAUAAUAAACAAUAA